GAGACAACGUCAAACAAGGUAACACAGAGAGGUUAUUACAACAUGGAAGCGUUUCUGUCAUCUGAAAGCACACAUCAUCAGUCACAAUGAAUAUCUAUUAAAACAGACAAAAUACAGCUGUUUUCUAAGUAUUUGAUUUGAGUCAGACUUCUUGCUUUUUCAAACAUUUACAAAUAAUUGACUAGUUGAGCAGCAGAACAGUUUCUACUAUUUUGGUAAUUUGAUUAAUCACUCAUGUCAUGUUUCAUAGAAAAAUAUGUUUUACAACUGAAUAACUUUGGGUUUUGCGAUGUUGGCUGACAACCAAUCAAAGACAUCAGCUUGAAUUUAAGGGGGCAUUUACAAUAUUUUCUGAGAGUGGCCCUUUAAGCAAUAAUCAGGGCAUAUUUACAGUUGGCCGUUGCACUGGGAGGUAAUCAAAAGUCAAACAUGCACACGGAGUGAAUGACACCGCAGUCACCGUCCGCUGUCUGUUUGCUUUCGCGACAGGUCCUGUGGGCGCACAGCGGCGGAGAGGGGGACUCCUCCAGAUGCCCUCAUCUCAGUGAGCGUGACGGCAGAGCGAACAUGUCGGAGACAGCCGCCCGCAGACAAGCUGACAGGAUGGAAUAAUGUUCACACGUUUCACCACUUCCUGAGGAUUAGCCGUCUCACAAAGGAGCAAACACAAGAGCAGAGCAAGGCUGAGGACAUACAUGAACAUUUGGGUCCAUCUCAACCAGAUCUUCCAAGAUGCCACUUCGAGCAUCGUCGCACAGAAAGCCAUCGUCCAGCCGCUGGCCCGGCAGGAGCACCAAGCGCAGGGAGGUGCUGUCUGUCAACAUGAUUAGCCUACCACUGGCGGACUUCCGUCACAUCUCACAUAUUGGCAACGAUGUCCACAAAGACAGCUUUGGAGACCUGUCCUUCUUAAAGACGGGCCACGGUCUGCUUCUGCAGAGCUCCCAGAGUGAGCAGAACCUUUUCCUGGCCUGCUCUCCCCCGCCGAAGCCCCCUCGCCUGAACCUCGAUGAGGCCGAGGGCUCAGAGAGCCCUGACUGGCAUGGGCACCCCGCGUCCCAGAGGAGAAGGAAAAGCACCUCCAUGCCGCUGCUGCACAGGGACGCAGAGAUGGAAAAGGAGGAUGGCUACCAAAGUGGAAGGAGUGUUGCUCCCAAUCUGGCCCACAGCGUCGGACGCGGCAGCCUGAAUUCAGACAAGGACGAGGACUCCCCAGAGACACGUGACCCAACUGUUGGACAGCACAAGGAGGACAGCGGCUUUUCAUUCAGCUUUGAUCUGGGCCCUUCGAUCCUGGAUGAUGUUCUCCAGGUGAUGGACAAAAGCCCGCAGCCAGGCGCUACAGAAAGGCUUUCAUAAACAUUCAGAAUAUGGGGGAGGCCGACUUCCACACACCCCUGAUUAUGUGGACAAAUGAAUAUCCUCAAGCUUUGGUUAUCGUUGAGAGAUCCGGAGAUAUAUGAUGGUAUAAUCCCAUUGCUACAAGAUAUAGAUCUACGUUAUAAUGGAGGUAAACUCCACUGAAAAGACUGAUACACAGGAUGAAAGAUUCUGCCUUUUUUGAUUAUUAUGUGACUUUUUUUAUCAAGCAAUUUAGCUUCAUGUUUUAUAGAGCACCAGAUAUGUUGUCUAUCGCACACUGUGGUCCACAGCAUGUGUGUUCACGUUUUAAAAAAAAGUUAAUGUCCUCAUUAGGUACAUAGUUUAAGUUAAUUAUUUAACUGUCAAAUGUGAGAAUCCGAGAUGCACAUUUUCAGCUUCUUUGACUUUCCUCCUUUGCGAUUGAAAUUCCCUGAAACCACGCAGCACGGCACUGAAGACGGCUGUUAAGACUUAAGAGUGUUGUGUUUAAGAAAAGAAAAGCUGCGGCUGGAGUCCAAGGUCCUCGAGCUGUGAUGUCUUGGCUCUUGGCGUGCUUGCCAAACUAUUGUGUGCAGAGGGCAAUUUCUCCUCCGCACGCAUCCCAGAGGCCCCACUCAAAGGUAGACCGAGGUACCCCCCAUCUCCCAUUACCAACAAUGCAGGGAAAACAAACACUUAGCCCUGCUUCCAAUAAAAGCCAGCCAGUGGUGGCAGGUUGGGCUGCAGACCAAGCCAGGCCACGGGUCCAAGACCUGAGACCAAAAGAAAAAAGGCCAAGACGGCUGUUUUCUUAGCUGCAAAUCAGAGUCUGAUGCUCCGGUGAGUGGCGCACGAGAAGGAGAGUGGUAAAGAGUAACAUGAGACUUCCACAUAUGCAGGGGGUGUCGAGGGAGGAGGACCAGAGACAUCCAUGACUGCAGCUAGAGUCCUGAUGAGGGUUUAAACACUACCUUCUGACCAAACAGACAGCCGGCACGAGAAAAAGACUCGCUUGAAUCUCACGUGCUCUGGCGAUGCGUGCGUCCAUGUACAAGCAGUACGUGUGUGUGUGUGUGUGUGUGUGUGUGCCAAACCAAGAUUUGUACAGACCAGCUCGGUCCACUUUGCCCAGGUCUAGAGAGGGGAGAGUCAGGACAGAACCGCCGCUUGUGCCAUAGUGGGGGGUUGCCAGGAAAGGCUGUGGGGCGAACCCAGCACCGGUCGCAUUCCUACGUUUCCCGUGGGUCAUGCUGUGGAAUACAGGAACCACGAGUGUCCCACUCCGAGCAAUAGAUUCAGGAUUCUAUGUCCGUCCAAACAGAAACGGCAAUGUUUGUGCAUAUGUCUGCAGUGUAUAUCUGUUUUGCCAUUUAUAAUUAUAUAUCAGAUAUCACUGGCCAUCUUGCGUGUGUAUGUUACGACAAUAACACAUUGUGAACGCUUUUUUCUUCUUCUUGCAAUGAAAACAAAGAUUGACUGUUUUGUAUUUUUGAGGAAGUAAAGAAAAAUUCCAAGA